CCAUUGAAACGGAGUGGGCGUCAGACUUUGUUGCGACAUCGCUUCCUCUUCGAUUUCAAGGUUCAUGAGCAGCAAUCCAACUUAUGGUCGGCAUAGCACCAUCUAAAUUUGAAUAACCGCGCAGUUCGAGUGAUGAGUAUCUACUUAAGGUACCGCUGGCUUCUAGUUCUGCUGGUGGUGUCCACAUGUUUGUUGCUCACUGAUGGAAGAAGAGGUGGUGGUAGCAGGGGCGGCAGCAGUCGUGGAUCUAGCAGCCGAGGAUCCAGUAGCCGUGGUUCGACAUCAUCAAGAGGAUCAACAAUAGAAAGAAACCGAGACCGAAGUCGACCAGCACCUGCUCCUCAACCAAAGCCUGCAUAUAAGCCUUCUCCAAGACCAGAAACUUCGCAUCCAAAGCCCGCACCAUCACCACGGCCUCCAGCACCAUCACCUAGACCUUAUGUUCCAUCUCCCAAACCUUCAGCUCCUGAAAUUAAACCCCAAGAACCUAGCAUAGCAAGACAACCAGCCUCUAACCCAAAUUUUAAGGAAACUGAUAAAGUUCAAAGUGCACCUCAGCCACCAUAUAAUCCUAACUACAAUCCAAACACUAGAGGCCAAUCUCCACCAGGGAAUCAACAGCCUCCUGCGUAUCCUCCGGGAGGAGCUCCACCAGCUUAUUCACCCGGUGUUCCUCCUCCAGCUUAUUCACCUGCUGGACAACCCCCACCUUAUGCACCUGGGGGACCACCUCCACCUUAUGCUCCUGGUGGUCCACCACCAGCAUACAGUCCGCCAAUAGGCCAACCUGGUGUUAGGCAACCGUAUCCUCCUCAGCCGGGAAGCUCAUAUCCUCAACAACCUGGAAUACCUUCAGCACCUUAUCCACAACAACCAGGAGUCCAUUACCCUCAACAGCCCGGCAUGCCUGCUCCUUAUCCUCAACAACCAGGUAUGCGUCCGGCACCUUAUCCACAACAACCAGGAGUACAUUAUCCUCAACAGCCUGGCAUGCCCGCUCCCUACCCUCAACAGCCAGGUAUGCGACCGGCACCUUAUCCACAACAACCAGGAGUACAUUAUCCUCAACAACCUGGCAUGCCCGCUCCCUAUCCUCAACAACCAGGUAUGCGACCAGCACCUUAUCCAGUACAACCAGGUAUACAUUAUCCCCAACAACCUGGCUAUCGGCCUCCUUACCCAGUUCAGCAAGGAAGACCCUAUCCUCAGCAGCCGCUUGGAGGAAAUGUGUGGCAACCACAGUCCGGUAUACCAGCUCCUGCUUAUAUGAACUAUGGUGGCCUUCCAACAGGUGCUAAUAUUAACGUAAAGCCUCAUAAGAAAAAAGGUUUUCUUGGUUCUUUGAUGUCUAUGGGAGGACCAAAGCAUAAAAUGGGAAAAAAGAACAAAUAUUAUGGCUCUCAACCAAAUCCUUAUGCAGUUGGAGGCAUGGCAGGGGUUGCUGGCAUGAGAGGAGCUGGUGGCUUGGGAGGACUAAUGGGAAAUCGUAUUCCCACAGCUGCGAUGUAUACAAUACUUCCAUAUAUGGCAAUGAAAGCAGGAUCGAAUCUUUUUAGGCCUAGAUUAGGUUUUAUGCCAAUGUUUCUACCAAGUCCUUUCCAUCAUCAUCAUUACGGAUACCAUUACCAUCAUCAUCAUAGAUAUUAUGAUGUAUACGAUAAUGAUUACGUGGGCAAAUGUAAUCGGCCGAUUAAGCGUGAAUAUGCCAAUAUUACAUGCAAUUCAACAACAAGUGAAGUGGACUGUGAAGCUCAAUGUGAGGAAGGAUACAGAUUUCCAGAUAACUCAACAACCAAAGAUAAUAAAUGUUGGCAUGUGAGUGGAGUAUGGCGCCCAACGAAAAAUUUCCCAGAGUGUGAACCCGUCUGCAAAGAGCCUUGUCAGAACAAUGGCACAUGCAUUCUACCUGGAGUGUGUGGAUGUCCCGCUGAGUACCGUGGACCUCACUGUGAAUUCCAUUUUUUGAAUUGUGAUAUUCGGAAGCUUGCAGGGAAAACUAGGAUCAGAUGGGUCUGCACUCACAAGAAGAAUGAAAGUGUGUGCCGCAUUAAAUGUACCCCAUCACAUGAAUUUGAGACUUCUCCUGCAGAGGAGUACAAAUGUGACCCACAAGGCAAAUGGACUCCGGACUUCAUACCAAAAUGCAUCGAGAAAGCGGAAGAUCAGGAAAAGGAAAAACACGAUCAAGAAAAAGAAAAGCAAGAAGAGGAGAAUUAUUUGCUGAGCCACCAGAUUCAGGGCAUUCCGGACUUAAUUUUCCAACAAGACGGUGCACCACCUCAUUGGGGGUUAGAUGUCCAUGCUUAUUUAUAUGUAACAUUUCCGGGAGAUGGUCCCAUAAACUGGCCUCUGCGAUCACUGGACAUAACACCACCGGAUUUCUUCCCUUGGGGUUAUGUCAAGGACCAAGUUUACCAAACACCAGUGAAAGACAUCCAUCCCUCAUGUAAUGUUGACCAGCACAUGGAUGGAACUAAAAUAACACCUGGAUAUCCUUCGGGCAACGAAAGAAUCAUACACAGAAAUUUAUUAAUUGUGUACACAAAAACAUGA